CCCUUUCUCCGUCUUUCCGGGUCAAAGUUAAAAAGUUAGCCUCUGUGCGUUUUUUGGAGUCGAGGAGGAACCGGUGGAUUAACUCGGCAGAGGAGAGAGAGAGGAGACCCGUGGAGGACAGCUCGCUGUCGGAGUCUGAGGUGGAAAACAAAGGGAUGAGCGGUAGAUACGAGCCGGCUGCAGUGCCCGUGUAUGAGUCUGCUGCUGGAUUUUCACCCAGUUCAGAGGUGCACAAUUGUUCCCUUCCCCUGCCUUCUCCUUCCCCUGGCUGGCUGUCCAGCUCCCUCUAUUCCCUUGUCUUUAUUUCACUUUUUUGCGCUUUGGCCCUGGGACCCCCUUUUUAAAAAAGCCCCCCUCCUCUUCCUCCUCCUCCUUCCUCACUCUCUGAUUCGCCAGACGAGAGUGAAUAUCCCUCUUUUUUGUCUCGCUCUCUCUUCACUCCCUCCACACUCUCUCUCUCACUCACUCCCUCUUUCUCUCUCUCUCCCUCCCCAUCUCUGAUUAGAUAUACUGAUUCCUCCUUUCAAUGGACGUCAUUUAAGCUCAGACUCCUGCCUCGAGUUGCGUCCUGCGCCUCAGCCACUCUCAACCCGGUCUUUUCCCCUGUUGUUGUUAUCAUUAUUAAGUAUUCCUGUGAUAUUAAUAGCCAUGAGCGCGUUCCAUUAGGAGUCCGAGAAGGGGAGACGAAGAAGCGGCUCUUUUCGCUAAUAUGAGCGCAAGCGAGGGGACGGCAGCAGUGUGAUAGAAGCCAGGAGAGCGACGAGGAGAAGAGGGGUGUUUCUUUUUUUCACCGAGAGAAACUUUUCGACCUAAAAAAAUCCACAAAGACGCCACCGAAUAUCAGCAUUUUUUAUAGCUCCGGAUGAAGGGCAGCGGGGAUCUAACCAUUUCUUUCUGAUGGAUUAUCGUCCUGCUACUGUGGCACAUAUCUGAUCGCCGGGGCCAUUGUGGUCUUGCAGGAAAGAAGAAGAAGAAGUCUUUUUCGGGGGCAAAAAUAUCGAUAUUUUUCUUCCUGGUUUGCUGGUUAUUCCACUUUUGCUCGCCCCGACUCCAAAUAGUGUCUUUUUCAACCCAUUAUUCUUUGCUUGAAUCGCACUAAAUCCUUUCAGAUGUUGGUGCACAGUUUUUCCGCGAUGGAUCGUCACGACGGCACCAGCAAUGGGACAGCCAGGCUACCUCAGCUGGGCGGCGUGGGCCAGAGUCCCUACACGAGCGCGCCGCCGCUCUCCCACACGCCGAACUCGGACUUCCAGCCCCCGUACUUCCCCCCGCCCUACCAGCCCAUCUACCCGCAGUCUCAGGACCCUUACUCGCACGUCAACGACCCCUACUCCCUCAACUCGCUGCACGCCCAGCAGCAGCCGCAGCACCCGGGAUGGCCGGGCCAGCGGCAGGCCCAGGAGAGCGGCCUGCUGCACCAGCACCGCGGCCUGCCGCACCAGCUGUGCCGGGACUACCGCAGGGAAGUGCUGCUGCCGUCCGGCCACGGUCUCGACUCGGGACUGUCGGACUCUAUCUCUAUCCAUGGAAUACCUCACUCUUUAGAAGACGUUCAGCCUGUUGAGGAUCAAGGAAUUCACAUCCCCGACCAGACUGUAAUUAAAAAAGGUCCAGUGUCCUUAUCCAAGCACAACAACAUCUCCUCCAUCCCCGUAAACAAGGACGGUCUCUUCGGCGGCGUGGUGAACCCCAACGAGGUGUUCUGCUCGGUACCGGGCCGCCUCUCCCUGCUCAGCUCCACGUCGAAGUACAAGGUCACGGUGGCCGAGGUGCAGAGGCGCCUCUCGCCGCCCGAGUGCCUCAACGCCUCCCUGCUGGGCGGGGUGCUGAGGAGGGCCAAGUCUAAGAAUGGAGGAAGAUCCUUAAGGGAGAAGCUGGAUAAAAUCGGCUUGAAUCUACCUGCGGGCAGACGCAAGGCAGCCAACGUCACCUUGCUGACGUCACUAGUCGAGGGCGAGGCGGUGCAUCUUGCCAGGGAUUUUGGUUAUGUAUGCGAGACCGAGUUUCCAUCCAAGGCAGUAGCUGAAUAUGUAAACCGUCAGCAUUCCGACCCAAACGAACAAGUCCAAAGAAAAAACAUGCUAUUGGCCACAAAGCAAGUCUGCAAAGAGUUCACGGACCUGCUGUCCCAGGACCGCUCGCCGCUGGGGAACUCGCGGCCGCAGCCCAUCCUCGAACCGGGAAUCCAGAGCUGCUUGACCCACUUCAGUCUAAUCUCGCACGGUUUUGGGACCCCGGCGCUGUGCGCGGCCAUCACGGCCCUGCAGAACUAUCUGACCGAGGCUAUCAAAGCCAUGGACAAAAUGUACCUCAACAACAACCCAAACAGUCACGAUAACGGCACUAAAGGCGGAGACAAAGACGAGAAACACAGAAAGUGAUGUUUCCAUGCAUCCCGCCUCCACUUGAGGGCCAAAACCCCCCCGGGCCCCUGCUUCCACACCGGCCCUCACCCCCUCCGCCUCGGCCUCGGCCUGGCCCCCACCCAUCCAAUAUAAAUAUUAUAAAUACCUUAUAAAUACUAUUGAUAAAAGUUAAUUGUGCCACUUCCUGAUCUUGCGUGGUUUUACAUGUUUUUUGUUUUUUUUUGGUUUUGUUUUUACAUCCCAACUUUGGAUCCACCGAGGAAAUGACGCAAGUAUUUUCUGCUUCUUCCAACACCUGAACCACAUGAAAUGAUAUUUAAAAAAAAGAAAAGAAAGGAAAAGAAAAGAAAAAAGGAGGCUGCAGAGGAUGAGCUCCGGGGCAGAGGGAGGGAAAAAAAAAGGUGUAGGCCCACAGCCUCAGCCAGAGGACUUUUUAUGUACUCCCUCCACCUCCACCUUUUUUUAUGAGCUGCAGCGAAUGGACUGAAAUCCAGCGACCCCUCUCUAUCUCCAUUUUACGAUUGUGACGAGAAAAAAAAAAACACACACCGAAGCUAAAAGAGGAUGAAUUCUUAUCAGUAUUGUGAAUAAUAAACUUGAAAAACAACGAGAAAUUCCACAGAGCUCCCUGUCAUGACUUCAGUUGUAGACUCUCACACACUCUUCUCUCUAACUCUCUCUCCAAGCGACCAACUUGAACUUUUUUGAAUUUCAACACGAUUCGCGGUUAUAUAAGGGAAUCAGUGUUCAUGUAUGUAUAUAUUUAUUUAUGUGUAAUUUAAUGGGAAUUGUAAAUAUGGUGCGUCUGUUUAAACUUCUUUUUUUUAUUUAUCUGGUGCCUCCUGUUUUAGUGGGUUUUUGAAUAUUCGGUUAGUUCUUCAUGUGAUUUUAUGGUUUUUAGAAAACAAGAAGUUUUGGGGGAUAUUUUUUUUUUCAUUUUAUUUCUCUGGGAUAUUUCAAUUCAGCCCUCUUGUAGCAUGUUGAGGCGACAUUGAAGCAAGUGAACAAAUUUAAUAGAAAUAAACUUCCAUUUCUCUCUCUAUAUAUCAUCCUUAUUUUUUGCAGUUUUUUAAUUUGAGACAGAGCAUAAGUGAGACCCUGAGGAGAACUGUUUUUUUUCUCGUGUGAGUGUGUGUGUGGAAUGUGUGUGUGUUUCUAUUUUCGUUUUUAUACAAGCUUUUAUGUGUUGUGCCAAUCAGAAUACGUUUCACCCCUUGUUCUCUCCUUGAAGCACCAUAAAAGCAAUAAAUGGAAUAUUGUCUCUUUUUUUUAGAUAAAAAAAUUGUUGGAAGACACUCAAAAAAAAAUUUUUUUUUGGGGACCACCUGAUAUCCUGUUAUGUCCGAUAAUGUCCAAAAAUUGGAGGCGGUUUUAGCUGUAUUGUAUAGACAUGUGCUGGCAAUAGUUCCCAUGCCUGUCAAUGUAUUAUAGUCCUUUGUUGCCCUGAAAAAAAUAAAUAUUUGAUACGCUU